AUGUGGUUAAAGUUAAGUUAUGGCCCUCUUGAAUCAACAAAAGUUAAAUUGGUGAGCAUAAACAGCUCACGUUCUUUCCCAAUUGCCUCGGGCGAUAAAGAAGCUCAUGGUCACGGUCAUUCUCUAGGACAGAAGGACUAUAUAAACUGGAGUGUUAUUAUCUUUGCUUGCGUGGCAGCCGUGGCCAUCGCCGCCCUCAGUACAGUUACGGACGAUCGCGUCCACGAGGAAGAUGGAACCUACAAGUUUGACUUUGAAGCUGGAAAUGGCAUCCGUUUCUCCCAGUCUGGAUCCCCUGAUGGAGACGAGGACGCUGUGAUCAAAACAGGAGAAUAUUCGUACACUGCCCCUGACGGCACCCCCAUCCACGUCCGCUUCGUGGCUGACGAGAACGGCUUCCAGCCUCAGUCCGACGCCCUUCCUGUGGCCCCCGAGUUCCCCCACCCGAUCCCCCAGUUCGUCCUCGACCAGAUCGCGUUCGCCGCUGAGGAGGACGCCGCUCGUGCUAGUCAGGAGUCAGAGGAAGUGUCUUCUCCAGCAGGAUUUUAUCGUUACCCUCAAUAA